CCCAGCCACGUCUCGGGAGGGUUUCCUGGACCGAGGGCCUGGUGGCCACGGCCUUAAGAUGCGCAGCUGGGGCGGCGGCCGCCACUGCUUCCCUCCCAGGCCCUGGCGGUGACAGCAGCAGCAGCAUGGAGCUCCGGGGACCCCAGCUGCUUCUCUGCGUCCUCGCCUUGCUGACCCAGGUUGCCGCCGAGGUGCCAACCUCCAAGCCCAAGAAGGUUGUCAAUGCCCGGAAAGACAUCGUGAGCCCCAAGACCAUCGAGGAGCUCAAGAGCCGGCUGGAUGCCCUGGCGCAGGAGGUGGUGGUGCUGAAGGAGCAGCAGGCGCUGCAGACCGGUGAGCGCGGCCGCCCGGUCACCCUCAGCCCCGGCAGACGUUCCUGUCUGUGCAGGCCGCUGCGGGUAGCGCAGGAGCCGGGUCCAAAGCAGGCCGGAGGGACAGGCGCUGCGGCGGGACCGCUGCCGAAAUGA